UUCGUUUUGAGUUUCGUCAGCUUUAUCAUUACAACUGUAAACCAAAAACGUACUGAAUUCUAAAAGUGUUUGUUUCCCAGAAAUUAGUCUAAGUAGAUCUCAGCAGUGUUGCGUGCCACAGACGCCGACAGAAAACGAAAGUUGUAGUUUGUUUACCCGGCAGCAUCCCCAGAAUCUAGUAAAUCAAUAAAUCCCCUGCACUAUCAGUGUACCUACUUAAUAUGUAUGAUCGAUAUUUCCCCUGCCCUGCGACGGUGUCUGUACUUACUUACCAAUCAGCUCCGUCGCCGUGCACUUCCUGGCGUUGAUUCAAUGAUUCCACAACUCGUCAUAUCGAGCGUAGCGUGUUCAGAACAAGCAAAUCAAUAACCGUGAUCGCUCGCAACGAUGCGGGCGAGAGGAACGCCAACGAAGUACUACUUGACUCUCCUCCAUGAUCUGAGAGUUUGCAAGAACACGAAAAACUCUACGGGGGAUGGCAGAGUGAGGACUGCAGUCAUCAUGCGCGGAGAGAGCCGGCACGGAGAGUCGUGGAGGGAUUGGCGGGCACAAUUUGCCGCCACAAUUCGUCUUCAAAAACAACUGAUACUUGUUUUAAGCAGGGUCUGGACCCUGGUUCUAGACAUUAUUUUAGAAAUAACGCGUUGUUGUUCUUGUAUCUGUGGUAUCGCGGACCUCCGCAGUGUUGUAUCUGUUUAUAUGUUGAUCUUGAUCACCGUGUCCGCGUAGAGGUAGACGAAAAUAAGUAUUCAUCUGCGGAACAAUGAACGCGAAGGGUGUGUGCCUGCUCGCUUGCUGGGCGGCGUUCAUGGUCGCCAAAUGGACGCCGGCUGCUGCAAUCGACGUGAAGAAACAGGCUGUGGCCGUCGACUACACCGCCGAAGCCAAGUAUCGAAAUGAUAAAAGAAAUAGCUGGGGAAACAAAAAAUGAAUUAGUACGGACUAGUAGAAUGUUUGCAUAGAAGGACGCCCGUUGGGGUCAGAAUUUGAUGUGAGCGAUGCGAUGUUGUAGAUAGCGGGUAUGAUUUUUUCUUCUUGUUUGGACCGCGCGCACAAGUACUUACUUCAGUGUAGGAUGACAAAUGUCUAAAAACGGAAUGUGUGCUGCAUGAUCAUGCAGCUUCUAUUCGGGUGACGUCUCCCUUACGUUGCACUUUUAUCAUCUCAUACUAAGGAGGAAGUCGAACAGGUGCAAGAUGAAGUGUUGGGGUCGACGGCGGGUCAAGCGCAGGCGAAGCCGAAAGCAUUUGUGCAGGCCGAUCCGGCGACCGAGCCCGUUCCGGCACCUUCCGGUUCCGCACCCGAGACACCCGAGCAAGCACCGCCAGCUGCCAGUCCGGCACACGAGCCCGUGGAAUCCCCCAGUAAACCUACACAUACACGUGGUUCAUUUAGUUUUCUACACUUUUGUUCUACUUGUACUUCCGUCACGGCGUUGCAUUGCAUGAAUGUAGAAUCUUCAUGUUAUAACUGACACACAUCCAGCGCUGUCUUGAACUUGAGCGAAUUGGAAUUGACAUGCUUGAUUCGGUUUUGGACAGUAGUUCCACUACUUCACUUCGACAUUGAUAUAAUUGAUUUGCGAACCUAAAGACUAUGUUGAUUUUUCAUUUGUGAAAGUGAAUGCUUUUUGUUUCGUUCGCAUAGGUUUCCGUUCCAGAGUUACCACUGGAGCAGGGCACGCAUUCAACGCCACGAAGGAAUGGGCGUACAACGUGUCGCAAAAGAUGUACCAAAAGUACAACACCACCAGAGAGUACCUGAAAGAGAAGUUUUUUAACGUGACGAACGGCGUGAGAAAUGCGGAACACGCAGCGGAGGAGAAAUUGGAGCACAUCAGCGACGCCACCAGGCAAGCUGCGCACCGAAUCAGCAACGCCACCAGGAACGCCGCGCACAACCUCAACGACGACAUGCACGGGAAUUAUGCCCACGAGCACGUGGCGAGCACCACGGCCACACCGGCGGAGGAAGAAUCUGCAGCACCGGCCGCAACGGAGGCCGCUGCGGCGCCGUCCGCGUCCCCGACCCCCGCGUAAGAAUCAAUCGUGAUGCUUUUUUCAUGGCACUUUCCUUUGCCGCGCGUGGUGGGCUGCUCUGGAACCGCUUCAAGGAAACUUAUGAAGUAGAAAAAACCCGGUUGCGGGCUGCAGUUUUUACACACUAUUUUUUUCAACCUAAACGCAAACCAGUAACAGAUCGCAAUUAGUUACAUUUGAUGUACACGCAUAGUCGAUGGAACGCCGAGCGCAAAACGCGAUGUACGUCAACUUUUUUCAUGAAUGAUUUUGUGCUUUCGACGCACCUGUAUGAUAGAACUCGAAAUGCAAGAAAUCUGCACUGUGAGAUGACAGCGACUUUCGUUUGCCUCACCUAGUUUUCGAAGAAAACAAGACGAUGAGACCGGAAAAAAACAAUCUUCUGCCGCUGGCAAUGCAGACAACAGUAGAUAAUAAAUGACGAGCAGAGGCAGACCACCACUCAAAAGCAAAACACGACAAUCAGUUUUGAAGGAAAACGAAAAAAAUUUCUGUGAACUUUCCGGCACAUGAAGAGACUACUCUCGAGGUCGAGACAAGAAGGCUUCGUCGUGUCGCAAAUAC